AUGCCUCAAGUGAUGAGCCACUUGUUCUCUGUCCUGAUGUGCGUGGUAGCUGCGGUUUCUGCAGAGGGGUUGGACAACACCAUAACCAUCACCCGCACUGCCACGCCCACCAUCACCGUGGAGCUGCCUUCAGGCAGCCGCACCGUUACGCCCACCAUGAGCACCAGUCUGUCCACAACCGAGAGUAGUGCGGGGUCUGAAAGCAAGCACACUGUCACACCCGAAAUCACACUGACGCCGGAGGAGAUGUGGGUGGACGUCUACUUUGAGGUCGACAGUAACUCCCUCACCCCAGAGGCGUUAGUGGCGCUGCUUCGCAGGGUACUCUGGAACAAUACAGAGGUGGAAAUGAAGAGCCAUAUCGAUGUACAAUUUCCGUGGAUUCACCUCUCCUUCUUCUCUGACCUUCGGGCCGAUGAGGCGGUGUCGGCAGCAAACGCAGGGGAACUGCAGGGCGUGCUGAGCGCGACGUACAAGAUUCCUGUCCAACCGCCGGGCGACAAUGGCAAUGAUUUUCCUGUUGUUACUGUUGUCGUUGUCGUUGUGGUAGUGGUUGUCGUGCUCGUUGUGGCUGCAGUCCUUGUGUACUGUGUAUUAUUCCAAAAGAAAAACACGCAUCGGCGACGCUAUGACGAAGACUACGCCAUGAACUGCGCGACAGCGCCGGUGGACCUAAACGAGGUUCUUUUGACACGGGUCGAUACUGACUUCACCGAGAUUGGAGAUGGCAUAUCCAAUAUGAAGUAUUAUCAAAAACGACCGAGUUUGUAG